UAAGCAUGUGAAGUGAAGUGAAAUUUCCUAUCAAUUCUCACUGUUCUACGCAAGAAACAGCGGAUGACCUUAGCCAUUACAAAUCCACGGUCAGCAGCAGCAGAAAGAUUCCUGCUUUUCUGUGUACUCAUAUACUCACUGUUAAUGGUGGACAAUCUGGUAAGUAGCCCAUCAGUAACGCUCGAAAGGGUUACGAGACCGGUCCUCACUACAAUUGGAAUCCAUAUCGUGUCCAUUUUCUUGCUAACGCUACAUAGUGUGUCCCCUCUGGGGUGGGAAUUUGUCGACGUUUCUUCGGAACUGCAGGCAUACUCCACCAUUUCAGGACUCAUAGGAACUCCAUUACUGAAGAUCGAGUCAAGGGCCAAGUGCACAACAAACACUGUGAUUCUCGCGCGCACUUGAGAUCAUCUUGCGCAUUUUUAGAAUGGUACCGAAGCUAUAAUGAGAAGGAAGAACUUCUGAAGCUGCGCACGCAAUCGUUGAAUAUCUUGCA